AUGUUCCAUCCGUGGCUUCUUCGGCUGCUAAGAUACACAAACCAACCAUCAUCAGCCGAUGUUCCAUCUGUGGCUUCUUCGGCUGCUAAGAUACACAAACCAAUCGGUGAUAUAGGAAUAAAAGGAAAUGUGAAGGCUUGCACUCAAACACCGGACGACGUUAAGUUAAUUUUGCAAGAGCAUGAAGAUAAGAAAUUGGCUGCAAAGAAAUCAAUUUCAGGUGAAGUCCAUGAAGAUGAUGAUGAGGCAUCACGGCUGCUAGAGAUAUCUAGGAUUCGAAGUGGAAAAAGGCCGACCGAAGAGGGGAGUAUGCCGGCUGCCAAGAAGAAUACAAAAGGCCCCUUGGAUGUAAUUUACUAUAGAAAACCAGAGGAAAGUUUGAAAAAAGGAAAGCAAACUAGCAUGAAUGAUGCUUGUGAUAAGAAAGCAAGAGCAAAUUGUUGUCAAUACAUAGCCCGUUUCUUUUAUCGGAAUGGAAUUGCUUUCAAUGUUGCAAGAUCAAAGAGUUUCAAAUUGAUGGUUGAAGCAAUUGGUAUGUAUGGUGCACAUUUGAAGCCUCCAAGCUACCAUGAGUUGUGA